CAUUCAAAGCGAGAUUACACAAUGACCUAUUUUCUUCCGGGAUAGCUAGAUUAUCAGGAAAUAGUGUGGAAACUUGCAGUCACCGUCGUUAGGAUUGAUUUUAAAUAAAUAUGAUCUCCUGGGCCCUCCUCGUGGCUUUUCUACCCCUGGUAAUGACCCUCUCACCAGCGGGAAAAGAGUUUGUGGGAAAAUGCUUGUACUACCAAACAACCAUCAACCCUGAACCAUUUAAAAACAGAAUGAAGAACUGCUCUGAACUAUGGGAAAGUUUCCGAGAGGCCAUUGCUUUCCAGUCUCUUUGUCACGUGGACAGACAAAGGUUCGUUCAGUUCAUUAACGACAGUCAACAUGACGUACCCCAAAGCAAGUUUAUCUUUUGGGAACACGUGUACGAUACAGUGAUGAAGUACAGCUACAGAGGAAAACGCACAUUCUCCAUUGCCGACACACUCACAGGUUUCCUUGGUGACACAAAGUUUUGUGGUAGUAACAGCUCUGCUGAUGGCGUAGAGCAGGACCGCAGUAAAUGUCCAGGAUAUGAUCAGACUCCCAGCUGUCCUUCGUCCGCCGAGGCUGCUUUCUGGUCCACCUCCUCUGAAUAUUUCUCCAGGUCAGCGCAUGGUGAGGUAGAACUCAUGUUGAAUGCCUCUUCACCCGCCCCUAUAACCAACGAAUCGUACUUCAGUCGAUGGGAGCUGCCCAACCUGAGAGCCCCCCGAGUGACCGGUGUCCGGGUUCUCUUUGCCCACAACACUGCCUUACCUCCAAGAGAGACGUGUAGUGGUCCUUCUGUACAGCUGGUCAAAAACGUACUGAACACAAACGGUGUCACAAAAGUUACAUGUGAAGUUAAUCCAAGUUCUCUAAGGUUUCAGCUGUGUUCAGAAUCCCCGGGGCUGCCUAUCUGUAAUACCUGCGACACUAACGGAACUUCAACGCUGUACAGACAGCAAAUAUCAUUUAUAUUAAUUGCUUUUUUCAUAUAUAUGUUUUAAUAUCUCUUAAAGUUUUAUAAAUCUAAAUGGUGAUUUUGAGUUUUCAAAUAUGAUGGAGAUUGAUCACUGUUCGUUAUCUUCGCCUUUCAUGGAGAAUAGCUUCAUAGUUAUAAAUAUAUAGUGCAAAGUUUUGCUGUAGUUUCAUAUUUUGAUUCUGUAUUGUCAAUCCAGGAUUUCAAACUCACGAAAACGGGCUAUUUUUGUAUUCAUAUUCUAUGGUAGAGACUGUGAAAUCGUGCUAAUCAUCGAAUUGCUUUCAUUUCUGUGCAUUGAGACUAUAACUCUACAUCUCUUUAUGACAAAUGGAUGACAUCAGCUUCUCUAUCGUCAACUUCCCAUAAUUAUAUAGCAUAGCAAUACUCCAUUACCCCCUGCAUAUGGUGUUUCUGUCUCGCAAUUGAUUCGAUACGCGAGAUCAUGUUCUGCGUAUGAUCAAUAUUAGAAUUAAGGCAAGCUACUGACAAAUAAGUUGAUGUUACAUGGCUUUCAACAGUCAUGUUUGAAUUCAGCGUACAACUUGUCGUUAGGUUCAAUGCUGUAUGACGUGUUUAUAUCAAUCGUUAAGCCGUUCUUUAAAUAUCGAUUUUGUGGAUUUUAUAAAGUAAGUUCAAUACAUUAGAAGAAUCUGAAAUAUUCAUAUUGUAAAAGUAUUAUAUAUGUUUGAAAAUAGCUUAUAUUAUUUCCAUAGUAAAAGCAACAUGGGGGCUACAGUUUUACCCUCUAGUUGUCCGUUAUGUGCCCAACAAGUUGAUAAACUCCCCAUAAGAGAUUUUCUGGAAAUACUGGACCAACCACAUAAUGAUACUAUUUUUUUCAUUUCACUACAAAAAUGUUAUAUCGUGAAGUAUGCCAUAUAGAUAUUUGACGAAAAGCAUACCAUGUUUUCAUCCAAUUGAUAAAAUACACAUUACACAUGUA